GGCGGAUCCAAAGAAGGCCACAAACGAUUCUGUAGAGGCAAGCAGGCCUUCUGCAAGCGCUGCCACUCGCUCUGCGCGUCCCGACUUUGUGACCAAAGCAACAGGAGAAGAAGCUAGAAACUAUGACUACGCCGCUGCCAGGCUUCAAGCGGGAUCUAUAAAAACCACCAAUUUCAUCGAAGCGGUGGGAAAUCUGAUCAAGACAUGCCUGGGCGGCGGCGUGGUCGGGAUCCACACGGCCUACAAGAAGUGCGGACUAUUCACUGGGCUGUUGAUCAACAUCUUGGCCGGAAUGAUGCUUAUGCAUAGCAAGUAUAUCCUGGUGUCCUCAGCACAGCUCAUGUACGGACGGCUACAAGUGCCAAGUCUCACGUUUCCUGAACUCGCCGAGGCGUCGCUGAAGACGGGCCCAUUUCCAAAGCUAAUUAAAUAUGGCCACAUCUUCAGGUACAUGGUUGACACAACGCUCUGCAUAACCAUGUUCGGCACUUGUAGUGUGUACUCAGUCAUCGUAGCUCGUACUAUCAAGCAAAUUCUAGAAGAAGCUGAGGUAGUAGGAGUAGCAAGUAUACGCAUUUACACUGCCUGCAUGCUCAUACCCUGUAUUUUCAUCGCCAUGAUCUUGAGUUUGAAGUAUUUGGCGCCAUUUUCUAUCGUGGCGAACAUUUUAUUGAUACUUUUGGCGUUCUCCACGGUAUACUAUGGAUCGCAAGCUGCCACCAAGUCCCCUACAGAGUUUCCACUUAUCAAGGACACAGAGGGCUUCUUCGAGUUUCUCGGCGUCUGUGUAUUCAGCAUGGAAGGCAUGGGCAUGUCGCUUCCAAUCGAGAAUCAUAUGACGGAACCGAAGAAAUUUCCUUUGGUGAUAUGCACGGGGAUGACAGCGGUGAUUAGCAUCGUAGGGAUAAUUGGAUUUUUCGGCUAUUGGGGUUAUGGCGAGGAGGCCCGUACUCCUAUCACCAUGAAUUUCCCAUGGGAAAUGCAAGUAUUUUUAACCCUUGUGCAAUAA